AUGCUGCGAGCGCUUCCAACAUGGAAGUUACAGCGCAAGCUGAGGCGGCGAAGCAACGGAGUCGCACUUCCAUUUGGAGGCUCUGGGCUCAGUAUUGAGAUUCAGGUUGGUGUUGGUCGACCUGUCGUCGUCGACGAUGACUCGGUUGCAGGCUUCGAUGCGCCGCACUCACAACCGCCAGAAAGCCUUGUCACCGAAUCCAUUUCGUUCCCUCCGAUCCCGACCCCUCUUGGCCAUUUUGGACUUCGGACAAUGUAUCGCCUUCAUUCAAACUAUAGCCUCGAAUCCCUCGAAUCAUUACUCUCAUCCCACUUCAUGACUCCCGCGAUUAGCCCUUCAAGUGGUGUACAGCCUACCAAGGUCAAGGUGGACGAUGCACCUGUUCAAUUCACACCUACCAUUACCACUGCCUAUCAGCGCCAGCGUCAAGUGUCAUUGGGAUCCGGUUCUGCUGCGUCUGCCGCAGGCGCCAGAGUAGCACUUCCAUUGCCAUCAUCCAGCAACACGAGCAACACCUCUUUGUCAUCGCGCCCUUUCCCUAGUCGUACCGGCCCAAGCGUGGAUCCCGGGACAGGAACGUCACCCCUUUCCACCGCUCCUGUUCGAACGAAUGUCCCACAUUCGCCCAUUGCGUCCUCUCCACCUUCGGAUAUCGCCCUCAAUCCUUGUCUGUCAUCUGACCACCACUUGCCGGGUGUGGGAAUGAGUGGAACAGGUGGUGUGAGUACUGCGAGUCCUAGGCUUGUGUUUGGUGGCUAUGGGAGGGAUGUUGGGGACCUGCCGUUCGCAGUUGGGUUGGGAAGCGGGAGAACUAGUGGUUCGAUGGAUAGGACGAGGAAAGAGAGCCUAUUGGGAGGUAGUAAUACUGGUGAUCGCGCACAGACGUCCUCGCCUAUUCCAGGGGCCUCAACAGCACGGCGGCCUUCGGUGACAUCUAUUCACCCUUUUAAGUCCGCCACCGUUGCUUCAUCGCCGUCUUCUCAUUCGUUAUCAAUACGCCUCAACUCUCCACUUUCCCCGAACCCAUCAGCUCAGAGCCAAACGCAACAGGGAGGAUUACUGGCUGCCAUAAAUGACAACAAGAAAAAGUUCCCUUCGAUAGGUGGUGGCUCUCCGGAAACCCAUGCUACUUCGGGUGUAUCGUUACCUGUGAUGAUGCCUGCGCCACCAAAGCGCUAUUCAAGCAGUUUCUCGCACAGACAUACGUCCAGCGGCAUGAGUGUUGCUAGUAACGUGGUGCCUGGUGCCGGUGAUGGAGAUGGAGGCUUAGUGAUGGGCGUUGGAGUCCCAAGCAGCCUUGGAAGGUUCAGCAGUGGCACUAACGCGCCAAGCAGUCUCGGGGUGGAGUCGCCUUUCAAGAGGAGAACAGCUUCGGAAACGCUCCUUACUAUGGCCUCUGAAGAUGAUGAGCUUUCGAACUUUGUGAAAGCUAUUGAUACCCGUGCCCCACUCCGGGGCGGCCUUGACUUCGAUGCUACCCUUCCAACAAUGGCCGAGGAGUCGCGACGAUCAUCUCGCUCAAAUCCCCCGUCAUCCGUUUCGCGUCAUCCAGGCUUGGGUGGGGUAUCUGGCCCUCAACGUGGACCUUCUACCGUGACUUCUCGAGCUGACGUGGACGAAACCCUAAGGAGAAUGACUGAGAGUUUCAGAAUGGGAGUAGGUAGUCUCGAGGGUGGCAUGCGAGCAAGGAGACGAAGGACAGAGAGCGCCUCUGCCACCUUUAGUGGGAGUGGUGCCAGUAGCAAUGAGCGUGAGGUGAGGUUUCCCCGACACGGUGGAACUGGGGCUUCAACCCUAACCGAGGAGGGUUCUGCGAGUAGCGUGAGUGGGAGUGCCGGUAUUGGUGCUCUAGGAGGAAGUCAUGGUGGGAGGAGACCAAGUAAUCUUUCGACUUCAUCGCUUUUCACACCGGGGCACACGGGAAGACAAAGUUAUGAGUCUGAUCAGCAGAUUGUAGGAAGGAUGGAGCUGGGCAAUGAUGGGAACCCGCAGGCUCACAUGCAACACCGAAGUCACGCUGAAACAUCGGCUAGACCUAUUACUCGACCAAAUCGGCCUCGUGCGUAUUGA